UAUACAAGUAUUCAUUCUAUUCUAUUCCAUCUCCUGCUUUCACAAUCUCAAUAUAAACACCAUUAGACACUUCUAUAUUCUGUCUCACAAAAAGCAUAAGCUAAAAAUGGAUUCUGGAGUGAAAAAUGCAACAGUGAUAAAGGUGAUUGGAAGGACAGGAUCAAGAGGGCAGGUAACUCAGGUAAGAGUUGAAUUUAUGGAUCAGUUAAAGCGUCAAAUUACAAGAAAUGUGAAGGGUCCUGUCAGAGUUGGCGAUGUCCUUACCCUGCUCGAGUCUGAAAGGGAGGCUAGGAGGCUUCGCUAGUAGAUGUUGCUUCCUCUCCAGUCUCGUCAAUGGCCUUCUCUUUUGCCUCUUAUCAUUAAAAUAAUCCGAUUUAGUUUUUGUUUAUGCAAAUUCUAACUUUUGAAAAAAUAAUUCUCUCUGUUAAUUUAUCCUUUCAGUUUUUUGAUGGUACAACGUGAAAAAUUUUAAUAUAUA